UCCUCCCCUGCUGAGACGUGUGGGCCCACCCGCCCUUUCAGCCAAUCAGAAUCGUCCAGCGCAAGCUGACCCAAGUCGAUCAUUCAAGCCAUGGCCUCCAAUCACGUGCCCAGUGACCAAGUGCCUCUGCAGGGUCAGAACAUCUAUACGGACCCGUCCUAUCCCAACUUCUUCCCCAAUAAUGUCGAGCGCUAUGGCACCCCGUCUUGGGAAGCACAGCUGCAUCAGAAUGCCGCCCUGACAUCAGGCACAACCACCCAAGCUUGGCACGGCUCAUAUCCCCAGCAAGCCUUCAGCCCGCAGCCAUACGGAGGGCAGCCACAAGCCUUCCGAACUGCAUCGCCAUAUCAGUAUGGCCAGUUCAACCAACACAGUCCAGCAGGCACCUUCAGUCAUGCCCCUGCUGUGGAUCCGGCUCUGGCACUCAACCCAAACGGUUUACAACAGCAACAGCAGCAGCAGCAGCAGCAGCAGCAACAACAACAACAGUCUCCGUACCAGAUGCCCGUACGGAACGUUACACCUUCGACUCAGGCUGGUACCGUGACCCCACAAGCACUCCAGCAGAACACGACGACACUUCAAAAUGCACGUGCUUCAGCGUCCCCUUUCCAAGUGCCGAAGAGUACCGCCGAGCAAUUCGCCCAACAAGCCAUGCCCUCAGCUUCUGCGAGGCCAGUCCGGAACCCAGCAUAUGAGAUUCCCAAAGGCAAAAAGUCAGGCGGGCUCUACGUCAUCGACACACUCGCACUCGCAAAGGCCACGAACUCAAUCGCUCUCAACAAACUCGUGACGCUUGGCACAGAACCCAUCCAGCUAGCUACAAAUAGAACUGCACUACCACUGUACACAGCACGACAGUCUAUUAAGGAGCUGAAAAAGAUCGGAGCUGACAACAAGAAGCUUCUUGCUAAGCUGUCUUCUUCAAAGUCGUCGCUCUCAAGAGCGAUCAGGUUCAGCAAAACCAGUGCUAGCGGUACCGGAAGCCUGAAGCGGGAUGUCAGUGACAGCGAGAGUUACACCGAGUCCUCGGAUGACGACAGUGAAUAUAGCGAUUCUGAAGACGAAGAAGAAUCACCGCUGCCAGUCUCAAGGCCUGAUGAUGACCCCCACAAGGCCGUCUGCUACGAUGUCAUCAAGGCAUCUUGGUUCCCGCGCAGGUCUGCCUUGAAUUCAGAAAAGAUCAAGUCUAGCAUGCGCGAUCUAUGGGAUGUGCUGAAUACUAUACAGAAACGCUGGCGGACUGAUAGUAAGGCAGUUGCUGAAGCGGAGGAGGCGAAGAAGAUGGGCGAGCUACCCACAUUGAAAAGUCGUGUCACAAGUCAACGAGACUUGCUGCAGACUGCUCUGAAGGCUGCGCUUGAUCAUGCACAUCCCGAUGUUCUGUAUCAUUUGGGUCAGGUGAAGCCAUUCUUGUAUCUCUGCUAUCAGUUCUUGGCGAACCGUUUCAAGGCUAAGGAUUAUGACGGGCCACUCCCUGCGGCCAUCUAUGAGGUCCUGGCGCGGUGUGGUACCCUUACAACGGAGCUCAUCGAAGAGACUAAAGUGUCCAAAGCCUUGGUUUCCAUGAAAAAGCAGGCAAAUGACAAGAACAAAGCUUUCAUACAACAAAUUGUUGAAGCCGCCGCGGCGGGGUCCAAGAAGGCCAAAGUAAACUCUCCACCUGCAGCUGAGACACAUGAGGCUAAGGCUGCAAAGCGGCCUGCAGCAGAGGCAGCCACGGCCGCCACAGGUGAAGGUCCUUCUGUCAAGAAACCCAAGCCGGUUGAGCCCUCUGCUCCGUUGGCCAGGAAAGACACUAGCGCAGGAGCCACAAAACUCGCUGCGAUGUCUUCGAAUACUUCUGCGCUGAAGCGACCCGGGGAGAAACCUAUAGGUGCGCCCGCGCCUGUCAGGGCCCGUGUCAAUCCGGCCGCGAACAAGUCGUCGAGCAUAUUUGCCUCCCUCACUGCUGCCGCUAAGAAGCCGACGACAACGGCCACUGCUCAAAUGGCCAUGAGGCCGACUGCACAGUCUAAAGCCACGGCAACAGCAGGCAAAGAUAAGAAGCCGGUUGCGGCAGCAGCUAAACCGUCGGGCUUCUCAUUUGCAUCAACGAUGGCGGCACUUACGAAACCCAAAGAGCCAGAGGCAGCACCUACCAGGACAGAAAAAGACGAUCCGAACGAAACACCUGCGCAGAAAGCAAAACGUGUCAGGAAGGAGUCUCGGCGCCAUUUGCGUGUUACAUUCCGCCCGGAUGCUUCGCUGGUCGCGAUCAAGUAUUUCAGUCACGAUCCCGAGGAAGAGCUGGGUCACGAGGAAAACUUUACUCGCGACGCUGGCGAUCUUGGAGGUGAAGGCCAUAUGUUCAAACAGCACAAGGAGCUCGAAGAGGAUGACGACGAUGAAGACGAUGAAACCGAGUAUCGACCUUGGUCGGAGCCGUCUCAGGUUGACUUCAGUGUGAUCGAUGCUGAUGAGCGUAAUCGCAAUUACGUGCCAUAUGGUGGAGGUGAGAAGGUGCCGAGUUGCCCCGAGAAAGAGGCGAAUGUGCGACGCGAGAACGACAUACUCAUGGUAUUCUACACAAGUCCUGCUGAUAUCCCGCCAUCACCGCAUGAGCCUCCGGAACAGUCCGAGGAUGAGACAACAGCGGUAACAAUGUUUGGUAGUCCCCCCGACAAGUGUCUGGAGCGAGCCCCGAAGGCUGCAGCACCUGCAACGACACCCACGCUCGACUUCAGCAGCCUCGAAAGUAUCGUUGCUCAAUUCGCCAACCAAAAUCAACCUGCUGCACCUGCACCUGCAGUGGUGCCGGCGGCAUACCUACCACCAGCACCAACUGCUGCUCCAGCUGUGGAUCUUGCGAGUCUGCUUGCUUCUCUCCAACAACAUCAACCUCCUGCUAUGCCUGCUCCACCUGCAGCAGCAGUGCCCGCGCAGUUCCCAGCGCUUCCAGCUGGAGUCCCUCCUCCACCGCCCGGCGCACCCCCAGCCGAGUUGGCGGCCUUCAUGGCGGCCAUGCAGGGGCAGGCGGGCGCUGGUGCAAUGCCACCAAUGCCGCCUGGAUUUCCUCCCAUGGGAUUUCCUGGGGCGCCUUUUGCAUUCCCGCCGCAGGCUCCCCAGGCGGAGGCGACUGCAUAUCAGGCACAAACACAAGCACAGGACCAAUACUAUCCGCAAGACUACCAGCAAAGUAACGGUGGAACGAAGCGAGCGCGCGAGGAAGGAGUCAACAGUGAGCGCGGCGGGCAAGGCAAGAAGCACAAGGUUGGAGGGAAGCCUCACAAAGUGCUUGCAUGCAAGUUUUUCCAGAAGGGGGCUUGCAAUAAGGGAGAGAACUGCACAUACAUCCAUGAUGUCAACAUGUAGAUGUGCACGAGGAAUCGACUAGCAUGGGUGGGUCGCAUAGGCGCGGUGUUUGAUUUUCAGCAGAGGCUGUAUUAUACCCCAUUUGGCUUUGGCCAUGUUACGUACAUGUAUGCAUUACGGCGGACGGCGUGUCUGGGACGGACGGGACUGAUGCAUUUGCGGCGUUUCCAUUCAGCAUUUACGCGGAGGAGCAGAGCGUGAUACACCGAGAAGGAAGGGAGGAGCAUGGGCAGCUCCAGACAAACUUGUCUGAGACGCAUAGUUAAAUACUAUAAUCUACAUAUUUCCACG